AUGCCUGUAAAAGCAAAGACGCCUACUCACUCAUCACAGACGGCUCAGUGUUGCGCCAAGGCGGUUCACGAACUUGACAAACUUCUCGGAGGUGACAACAAGGUUGCAGUGGCGGAAGCGACCACAAAUACAGGUGGUGUGGACUCUGAACCCAUCGUCUCCUUGGCCGCUACGGAGAUGGCACUUGCUCGAGUGCAGGUGGAUGAAGCACAAAGGAAGGUUGUUAUGCUGUCCACCAAGGCAGCCGAAAAGCAACGCAUUGCCGACUCGAAAAAACAAUUUGCUACUUUGCGGCUCAUGCUCAUGCGCCGGAAAUGCUAG